AACCAUCGGCCAUUCGCAAACGUUUGUUUUGUUUACAUCGUCGAGGCGAGGCGAGGCGAGGCACGCUGAGGAGGAGGCCGCUGCUACACCCUGCCCGCCAUGCCGCGCUAGAUACCACUGGGCAGCGGGAACCACGGCGAGAACCACGAUUCACCGGCAAAACAAGGCGUGUGUGUGAGUGACGGACAGCAUCCUGCACACCAGCGUGGCGGCGGCGUCCCUGCCCGCCCCGUGACCCCCAGCCUCACCAUGGACACCAUCCUGGAGCAGCAGCGCCGCUACCAUGAGGAGCGGGAGCGGCUCAUGGCGGCGAUGGUCAAGGAGUGUCUGCACAAGAAGAACUCGAAUCGUGAGGUAAUCAACUCAGACCACCGCCACCGCAUCCUCCUGGACCGCUACGUGGAGAGCUCGCAGCACCUCGCCGACCUGUAUGAGGACAAGGAUGGCCUGCGCAAGGAGGAGGUGGCAGCGUUGUCGGGCCCCAAUGAGCUGGCGGAGUUCUACAACCGCCUCAAACAGAUCAAGGAGUUCCACAAGAAGCAUCCCAAUGAAAUCAGUGUGCCGAUGAGCGUUGAGUUUGAGGAGAUCAACAAGCAGCGUGAGGCCAAUGAUGAGAACCUCGUCAUGGUGGACUUUACCGACGAGGAAGGUUAUGGAAAGUACCUCGACCUGCACGAGUGCUACAACAAAUACCUCAACAUCAAAGGCCUUGAAAAAAUUGACUACAUCACCUACCUGACCACCUUUGACCGGCUCUUUGAGAUCCCGAAGGACAAGAAGACGACACAGUACCGGGAGUACCUGUUUGUGCUCCUUGACUACCUGUACGCCUACGUGGAGCGCGUCAAGCCACUCCUCGACCUGAGCCAAGAGCUGGAGAUGGUCACCAAGGACUUCAACGAGCAGUGGGAGGGCGGGAGAUUUCCUGGCUGGCCCAAGGAGACAGGUGGAGCCUUGACUGCCAUGGGUGCCCACUUGGACCUCUCUGCCUUCUCGUCCUCUGAGGAGCUCAUGUCUCUGGGUCUGGAUCGUCUCAAGUCUGCGCUGAUGGCUCUGGGGCUCAAGUGUGGCGGCACCCUGGAGGAGCGCGCCCAGCGGCUCUUCAAGACCAAGGGUAUCUCCGUGGAGGAGCUCGACCCGUCCCUGUUUGCCAAGUCGAAGCCCGGCAAGGUGACCAAGGGCAAGGAGACAGAGAAGAUCAAGGAGCUGGCCAACCUGGAGGCUCAGGUGUACCGGCUGACGGAGAUCCUGAGUGAGCAGCGCGCCGCCACUAAGGAGAAUGUGCAGCGGAAGCAGGCCAGGAGGGACGGCGAGGAGGAGGAGGAGGAGGAAGCGUCCGCCUCUGAGUCUGAGGAGGAGCCCGACGACGAGGUUCCCUACAACCCCAAGAACCUUCCCCUGGGCUGGGACGGCAAGCCCAUCCCCUACUGGCUGUACAAGCUGCACGGCCUCAACAUCAGCUACAACUGUGAAAUUUGCGGCAACUUCACCUACAAGGGCCCCAAGGCUUUCCAGAGGCAUUUUGCGGAGUGGCGCCACGCCCACGGCAUGCGGUGCCUCGGCAUCCCCAACACGGCGCACUUUGCCAAUGUGACGCAGAUCGAGGACGCCCUGAAGCUGUGGGAGAAGCUGAAGGUGCAGAAGACCUCCGAGCGGUGGCAGUCUGAGCAGGAGGAGGAGUACGAGGACUCCCAAGGCAAUGUUGUCAACAGGAAGACCUUUGAUGACCUCAAGAGACAAGGCCUACUCUAGUGGGUGGGUACUCACACUGUACAAAUGACUUGGUUUAUUUGAAUAUAGUUAAGUUUUUGGAAGAAAGUAUAUCUCUACACAUUUUUUACAUUAACAUAAAUUAAACUCCUUAGGUGAUCAUUCUUUCUUAUGGUAAAAUAUUUAUAUUGCCUAAAAUUCAAUUACACGGCCCCUUCAGGAACGCAACCCUCGCAUUAAACGAGAGCUGCCUGUAUUUGUAGCCUAUUUAUUCUGGCGUCCACGGUAGCAUCAGCCAUUAUUAGCUCGCUGCAUGACGAAGGCCUUCUCCAAUGUUCUCCAUAUUUCUAUCUGAUGUUAGUGUUCUCCAUCCUUUUCUGGCAAGGUUGUAAUUUCAACUCUCCAUUUGGUUCUCCGUCUGCCUUGGUUUCUCGUAAUUCUUGGGUUGCCACUUUGUUACUUUGGUUGCUCAUCUGUUAUUAGUUCUAUGCAUACGACCUGUACAAGUCCACUUUUAACUCUUAUUGUCAUUAGAAUAUAUCCAACACUCAUUCCCUACUCUAAGAUGCUCACUUCCUAUCUCCACAGUGUUAUAACAUGUAGAGACAGGGAGGUAGCACCAUGGGUUCAGAGAAGAUUGCAUAUAUUCUUAUGACAAAUAAGGAUAAGAAGUGGACAUGGGCUGGGUAUUUGUAGGAUUGAUAACAGACAGACAGCCACAAUAACAGAGCAGCAACACAGGAACUAUUGAAUGCCAGGGCCGACAGAGAGCCAUGUGGGGAGACAAAACUAGAGCCUUUGCCGUAGCACGUACACACACUCAAAAAAGUAUCGUUACUGUGGCGUCCAACAGCGUUACCAGAUACUCGUACUCAGCCAUUUAUAUUUCCCGACUCCUACCCCUUAACAGUCUUCCGGGCUCCGAUAACGAAACUCAUUUAUAGUUAUUGUUAAAAGAGUUUGAUCCUGAUGUUUCUUGGCAAUAGUUAGGUGUCAGAAACUGGUAAAUACUAUGCUCUGAGUACGAUAAUCUGGCAACGGUGGCGUCCAACGAGUUUCACACUGAGCAACCCGGUAGUCUCGGCAAGGUUGGUAAGGGACCCGUGUUUGAUGCAGCGUUACUGUGCCAGCCCAAAGUCUACUGCUUCAUUUACGAGUGCUGCUGUCUUGAUUCAGCCAAGUGUAGCCACACCAAACACACGCAAGGAUACCAACAUGAGUAGCCUCUUAGCAAUGGAUUCGUCCUUGGUGUCAGUUUGUAUCGUACUGAAUGUGUAAUGAUACUUAUUUGAGUGUGUUCAUACUUACCAUAAUGUCAGACUUUUGAAGCUGGUUGGAGAGACAAGGUCCACAAUGCAUUACCAGUAGUAUAAAGGAGUGGAUGACAAGGUAGAGGGAAAGGCAGAGUAUUUACCAGAUUUUAUUUUCUCAAAUUCUAUUAAAAUUUCUUCAUAGUAAAUAGUGAGUCUUCCACCCCAAAGGUUGGACGAGGCUGGUGACAGUAGCCCAUACUCUUACAGAAGGAAAAAGGUGAAUUACAAACUAUAUUGGUAGAGAUGUACAGUUGGUGACAAGUUAUUAGUCCUCCUUUUGGUUUGGUAUCUCCUUUCUGCACAUUUCCUUCUUCCCUUCCUCACUCAUUCAUUACAUAACUAGACUUUUGGCACAGAGAGGAGCUACCAAACCUUGAGUUUAGAGUGAGGUGGAUCAAUACUUUCAUCACAACUGUACUGCUGAAUUUAAGGACAGAGAAAACAUAAUUGUAGACCAGUUGAAGUACAUCUACAGCAUGAGAGGUUUGGGUAAGGGACCAAUAUCACCUCUUACAUUGCUAUACAUAUUUUACCACAGCAAUAAAGCCAAAGGGAAGACAUUGAAGACUCACAAUUCACCUACCUUAAUGUGUAAAGUUGUGGACUAAAAGAUCAGUGCACUUAAAACUUGUGUCUCUAGUACCUUUCCAUGUUGUCUCCUCUCUUCCCUGCCAGGUCAUUCCUCCCUCUCUUGGUCUCCCUCACUCCUCCUACACCCUGUGACUUGCCAUGUGGAAAGGGGCUAGAGUCUUCACAAGUUUACAGUAAAGUGAUUGAUGUUUAUAUCCACAACCAUACAUGUGUGUGUGUAUGUAUGUAUGUGUGUGUGCGUGUGUAAGUUUGCAUCUUGAGAAAUCAGUGUCUUGGUCUUUAUUUUCUCUGUAAUAUCUCUGUUCACUGCACCAAACAAAUAAAAAAUAGUUUUCGGCUACAAACAACGAUAUGUAUCCAACACUGAUAUAUAGAUUAUUUUGAGUAGUAAAUACAUUGAAAAAAAAGUUUCCUUAUAACAAGUUAGAAGACAAGUCCAAUGCAGAAGUUGCACCCUCUCCCCCCUGACCGUUCCACACAGCCGAGGGAAGCACAGUGGAACUCCCCGCGGCUCGCUGUACAAGAGUGAAAAAGUUAUCACCAGUAGUAUGUUUGUGAUCAGCUAAACAAACUGCCGUGCAUGCAUCUACACAUGGGUUAAGAACUAAGGGUGUUACGAGGGACUGCCAAGUGCUGGUGAGGAGUACGUGGGGUUGUGGGGUUGUUUUCUGAUCUGGGUGGAGCUUGCUGGCCCCACCCCGCUCAGUGAGAUGAACAGACUGACUCAGGGGGGUAAAACUUGAAGGUCUCACCCCCCGAGUAGCCUGGCUGACUGCUGAUAAAAGGGCCGUAUUCUUAAUUUCGUCGCCCAAGUUCACCUAUUAGACAAAGCUUUCCUAGGAGUUUGGGGCAUUUCCAGUAGUAGUUUUAUGACCCUGGUGAUAGUAUGACCCUUCUUCUGUAUGGUGAACCUAAAGAAACACUCAUUAUAACCCGAUUGACCCUCUCUUUGACCUUUAGAAAUAGUUGAUGAGAGAAACGAAAAUGUCUUGUAAUACAGGACAAAGACUGACUCAAGGGUUGGAGCUUGCUGGCCUCACCUGAGUAGACUGGCUGAGAGACUGACUUAGACCAAUGGAUACACUACGAAGGCACAGGUCAAAAGGUUUCACACGCUCAACUUAGUUCUGUUAUCAACACACGUCUUUCUCAAGCUUGCAGAUGCCCUAGACUUAUUUCUUCAGCGCUGAUGCUGCCAUAUAUUCAUAAAAAAUUCAUUUAUUUACAAACACAUUAAAAUCUAUUAAACCACAUUAAAACAGAUGCUUUGUAACUUAGGCAAUCACAAGUCUGAGGCGUGUGUGGAGGAGUGGAGCGGCUUGGCACUCCACCUUCCUCGCAGCCCCAAACCAGGCUAAAACUAAACUCCCUGGAGGUUAUGCGCGGAUUGACUGAGAAAAUCCGCUUAACCCAACUAGGUCAGGGUUUAAACAACAGGCAAAUUCUAUGAAGGAGUUGACUAGCUUUGCGUCUUGAUGGAGGGAAUUAAAUAGUUUUCCGUCCUCAUCAAAACGGUGUUGAUCGUAGGAUAGAUGAGUUGACUAGCUUCAGAUCACAAGAGGAAUUGACUAGCUUUCCAUCUUCACAUGAAGGGAGUUGACUGUACACUUUUAACACAACUAAGAGUAGAGUGGAGUCGAUUGCAGCUUUU